GGGCCACUGCAGCAGACACUGCUACCCUCACCAUGAGUCCCUGGCAGCCCCUGGUCCUGGUGCUCCUGGUGCUGGGCUGGUGUUCUACUGCCCCUCCAAGGCGCCAGCCUACGCUCGUGGUCUUCCCCAGAGAUUUGAAAAGCUCCAGUCUCACCGACACUCAGUUGGCAGAGGAGUACCUGUUUCGCUAUGGUUACACUAAUGUGGCUGAGAUGCGUCAUGGGAACAAGUCCCUGGGGCCUGCGCUGCUGCGUCUUCAGAAGCGGCUGUCCCUUCCUGAGACCGGUGAGCUGGACAGCACCACGCUGGCCGCCAUCCGGACUCCACGCUGCGGUGUCCCAGACCUGGGCAAAUUCCAAACCUUCGAGGGCGACCUCCAGUGGCACCACCGCAACAUCACAUACUGGAUCCAAAACUACUCAGAGGACUUGCCGCGCGACGUGAUUGACGACGCCUUUGCGCGCGCCUUCGCAGUGUGGAGCGCAGUGACCCCGCUCACCUUCACGCGUGUGUACGGCCGCGACGCAGACAUCGUCAUCCAGUUUGGUGUCGCGGAGCAUGGAGACGGGUAUCCUUUUGACGGAAAGGACGGGCUCCUGGCCCACGCAUUUCCCCCUGGUCCCGGCAUUCAAGGAGACGCCCACUUCGAUGAUGAAGAGUUAUGGUCCUUGGGCAAGGGCGUCGUGGUACCGACCUACUAUGGAAACGCAAACGGAGCUCCCUGUCACUUCCCCUUUACCUUCGAGGGCCGCUCCUACUCCUCCUGCACCACCGACGGCCGCACAGAUAACACACCUUGGUGCAGCACCACGGCCGACUACGACACUGAUCGCCAGUAUGGGUUCUGCCCCAGCGAGAGACUCUACACCCAGCACGGCAACGGGGACGGCAAGCCCUGCGUGUUUCCCUUCACAUUUGAGGGCCGCUCCUACUCCGCCUGCACCACGGACGGUCGCUCGGAUGGCUACCGCUGGUGCGCCACCACCGCCAACUAUGACCAGGACAAACUCUACGGCUUCUGUCCCACUCGAGCUGACGCGACUGUGAUCGGCGGAAACUCGGCCGGGGAACUGUGUGUCUUCCCCUUUGUCUUCCUGGGCAAGGAGUACUCGUCUUGUACCAGUGAGGGUCGCCAGGAUGGGCGCCUCUGGUGCGCCACCACCUCCAACUUCGACACUGACAAGAAGUGGGGCUUCUGCCCGGACCAAGGAUACAGCCUGUUCCUUGUGGCAGCACAUGAGUUUGGCCACGCCCUGGGCUUAGAUCACUCCUCAGUGCCAGAGGCACUCAUGUACCCCAUGUACCGUUACCUUGAGGGCUCCCCACUGCAUGAGGAUGAUGUGAAGGGCAUCCAACAUCUCUAUGGUCCUGGCCCUAAACCUGAACCAAGACCUCCAACCACCACCACUAGCACUACCACCAGCACCACCGCCACGCGUCGUGAACCACAGCCCACGGCUCCCUCGACUGUCUGCCCCACUCUGCCCCCCAUUGCUUACCCCACAGCCGGCCCAACUGGCCCUCCUGCACCUGGUCCCACAGCCCCCACCUCAGCUGGCCCUACAGGUCCCCCCACAGCAGGCCCCCCACCGGCCCCUACGGAGUCUCCGGAUCCAAAGGACGAUCCGUGCAAUGUGAACAUUUUUGACGCCAUCGCAAAGAUCCAGAACGAUCUGUAUUUGUUCAAGGAUGGGCGGUAUUGGAAGUUUAAUGAGGGCCGAAGACGUCGGCUGCAGGGCCCGUUCCUUAUCUCCAACACAUGGCCGGCACUGCCCGCCAGACUGGACUCUGCUUUUGAGGAUCCGCUCUCCAAGAAGAUUUUCUUCUUCUCUGGGCGCCAAGUGUGGGUGUACACAGGCGCGUCGGUGCUGGGCCCGAGGCGUCUGGACAAACUGGGCCUGGGCUCGGGGGUGACCCAGGUCACCGGGGUGCUCUCGAGAGGCGGCGGCAAAGCGCUGCUCUUCAGCAGGGAGCGCUUCUGGAGGUUUGACGUUAAGACGCAGAGGGUGGAUUCCCAGAGCGUCACUCCGGUGGACCAUAUGUUCCCUGGGGUGCCCUUGAACAUGCACACCGUCUUCCAGUACCGAGAUAAAGCCUACUUCUGCCAGGACCGCUUCUACUGGCGAGUAAGUUUCUGGAAUGAAAUGAACCAGGUGGACGAAGUGGGUUAUGUGACCUAUGACAUCCUGCGCUGCCCGGCCUAGGGCUUCCAUCCUGCUCAGCAGUGCGGGCUGGUUCCUGGGGGACCGUCCCAGCAGAGAAGAAGCCAGUUUGCCGGAUACAAACUGGUGAUCUUUUCUGGAGGAUGGGGAGGAGUGGAGAGGGGCUGGGCCCUCUCUUUACACCUUCAUUUUUUGUGAGACUAUUUCUAAUAAACUUGGAUU